CUCUCUUUCGUUUUCAUAAAAUUCUAAAUAAAUAAACAAAUGGGAAACAUAUUUGUUGUGCUAACCCCUUUGGUUCAUGGACUCGUCAGGCUAGCAGGAUUAACACGACAAACCAUAGAAAUAGAACAUGGAACCUUGAUGAAUAUUUGGGUUCCAAAAGAAACCGUCAUGAAAAAGGAUGGGAAAGCUGUUUACGUGCCACCUAAAAAGCCCGUGGUCCUACUCCUCCACUCUUUUGCCAUGGACGGUAUUUUCACAUGGUUCUUACAAGUUUUGGCAUUGACACGAGAUUACUCUGUCUACGUGCCUGACCUCUUGUUCUUCGGUGGUUCAAUCACCGAUAGAAAUGAGAGGUCAGCUAGUUUCCAGGCCGAGUUUGUGGCCAAUGGAUUGGGGAAACUAGGAGUGGAAAAAGUGACACUUGUUGGGGUAAGUUAUGGGGGGAUGGUUGGUUUCAAGAUGGCUAAGUCGUACCCAAAAUUGGUCCAGUCUAUGGUGGUGUCUGGCACCGUCAUAGAGAUGACCGAAUCUAUAAGCCUUGAUGCUUAUAAGCAACUUGGUGGAUCGAGUUGGUCAGAACUUUUGAAUCCUGAUACAAUAGAGGGUUUAAAGAAGAUGUUUUCGAUUGGUUUUAGGAAUCUCCCAUGGCUUCCUGAUUUCGUUUAUCAAAACAUUCUUGAGACGAUGUUCGGUAAUCGCAAAGAGAGAAAUGAACUUUUAGAGGCUUUGGUUGUUCUCGACAAAAAUGCAACCGUAGAUAUUAACUACUCUCAGAUGAUAUAUAUGUUGUGGGGUGAUGACGACCAGAUUUUCGACUCCGAUUCUGCUAGGACCAUGAAAAAGAGAUUGGGUGAGAAAACAAGAUUGGACUGGAUAAAGGAUGCAGGACACCUAGUGCCGUUAGACCAACCAUUUGCAUAUAACAAACGCCUCAAACUUAUUCUUGAACGCUUAAUUACGAAGAAAGGGCAAUGAGGAGAUGCAUAUAUAUCAUCAUAUCAUAAUCAUUAUAUGUGUAUACGAUUAAGUUUAUUCAAUUCGUUUUUUAAAAUUUCAUCUUCUUGUUAUUUAAAUUUGUUUGUAUACAAAAUAAAUCGAAAUA